AUGUUAUUUUUGUAUAGUAUUCUCGCUGUUACUCUUGCUUCUCUAUUACUUAAUGUUCAUGGUCAAUCACCUGAUGAAUUAUACCAAGAGUUAUUCGUUGACGUACAAUUAAAUCGUAUUUUCAAGGACUCAAAAACAUUCUCGGACUGUAUACCAUUACGAUCACCUCAACAAAUACUUGAAUUAUAUCGAAACCGUACUGUAACAAAUUUUAAUUUAACGGAGUUUGUUCAAAAAAAUUUUCAAGAGCCACCACCACCGAUCGAACUUUUACCAGAACAUGCAAAUUGGACAAUUGUUGAGCAUUGUCAUCGGCUCUGGCCCUAUUUAAUACGCAAUUCUACAACAUCCGAUUCGUCACUUCUAGUAUUACCGAAUUCAUUCAUUAUACCCGGUGGUCGUUUUCGUGAAUCCUAUUAUUGGGAUGCUUAUUUUAUUAUGUUAGGUUUAAAACAAUCAAAUUAUAGUCAACUGAUAUCAAAUAUGGUUGAAAAUUUUGCUUAUUUAAUACGUAAAUACAACCAUAUACCAAAUGGAAAUAGAGAUUAUUAUUUAAGUCGAUCACAACCACCAUUUUUCUCAUUGAUGAUUGAAUUAUUGGAUUCCAUUGUAGAUGAAGAUCUUCUAGUAAAAUAUAUAUCAGAAUUAGAACAAGAAUAUGCAUUUUGGAUGAAUAAUAAUGGUUUAACAACAGGUGCUAAUCGUCGAUUAGUUCAAUUACCUGAUGGUACAAAAUUAAAUCGUUAUUAUGACGAUAUUUCUCGACCACGUCCAGAAUCCUAUUAUGAAGAUUAUCAUACAGCUAAUAAUGAUACUGAAAUUUAUUUAAAUAUUCGUGCUGCGGCCGAAUCUGGCUGGGAUUUUAGUACUCGUUGGAUGAUAAAUGAAACAGAUUUAUCCACCAUUAUAACAACACAAAUUUUACCCAUUGAUUUAAAUUGUUUAAUGUUUAAUUUAGAACAAGUUUUAUCUCAAGCUUAUCAACAUAAACAUGAUCAAUCAAAAUCUGAUAGCUAUGCACAAUUGGCAGAUAAACGAAAGGAAGCAAUAAUAAAAUAUUUUUGGUCGGAUAAAGAAAAUUUUUUUAUGGAUUAUAAUUUUGUUCAAGGUACACAUACACGAUCAAUAUCAUUAGCUGCCAUGUUUCCACUUUGGAUGAAGAUAGCAACAAAUCAACAGGCAAAACAUGUUAUUGAUAAAAUCGAACAAUUAUUUCUUAAAGAUGGUGGUCUCAUUACUACAGUUUCUGAGAAUAGUCAUCAACAAUGGGAUGCACCAAAUGGAUGGGCACCGUUACAAUAUAUUUCAUAUAAAGGCAUACAAAAUUAUGAACCAACAUCACCGUUAAUUAAGGAAAUAAUUAAUCGAUGGAUGAAACGAAAUGAACAAGUUUUUGAAAAAAGUGGAAAAAUGGUAGAAAAAUAUGAUGUUGUCAAUAUGAAUCUUGAUGCUGGUGGUGGGGAAUAUCCAACACAAGUAAGUUUAAAAUUUAUUUAA